GACGACGACCCCCACAACAACGACGGAAGAGCCUGGGUGGCGAGAGAAACAAGAAGUGUUGUUACGCCUCAAUGAUACGGUCAUCUCGCCCUCCGCAAAUAACCGCACCCCGGAUACCAUUUGGCUCUUCUUCAACCGCAUCCCGCGUACUGGAGGGCAGACGUUGGUGUCCCUGAUGAAGUCCCUGUCAGCGGACCUCGAUUACCAGCACCAGGAGCACGUCUACAGGACGCCUUGGCAGAGACUGAUGAGUGAAGACGAGCAGAAGAAUUUAGCUACCUGGUUUGAGUACAACUUUUGGCCCAAGAGUUAUGAUCGCUUCUCCCUCUACAUCAACUUCACUCAACACAGGAGCCAGUAUGUGACCCUCCGACCAGCUUACAUCACAGUGGUGAGGGACCCGGUGGAGAAGUAUAUCUCUUACUUCCGGUUCAAGCGUGUGGACCAUGAGAGGGUGAAGCUGGAGAUGGCGGUCAAGGAGAAGCAGAGACCAGGGAGUGGUCGGACGUGGUAUUGGAAGAAAUUGGAGGAGUGUGUGUCAGGGGACGACCCGGAGUGUGACUUUAGCCCAGGCAGUCGCAGCUUUUCCUCUGCUGUCCCAUUCUUCUGCGGCCAAUACGAACAGUGCCUGAAGCUGGGUGACCCAUGGGCGCUGCAGAAGGCGAAGUACCAGGCGGAGUACGAUUACUCAGUAGUGGGCCUGGCGGAGGAGUGGAACACGACCUUGGCUGUCCUGGAGGAGUACCUACCCAUGUUCUUCCAGGGCGCCCGUCAGCGUUACUGGAGCCAGGAGUUCGAAGCAGAGCGGCAGGUGAACAAGAACCCAAAGAAGUACUCGGAGGUGCCAGAGAAGAUCAUCAAACUGCUGAAGGAGAGGAUGGGUCCAGAGUAUGAGCUCUACGAGUUCCUGCGUCAACGUCUUCACCUGCAGUAUAAGCACAUUGCCAGCAGGCUGGCUGCCCCAACCACCGCCUUCACCACCACAUCUAAUGUUCCCCGUUUUGCCAUCUGGGACAGAAUGGAUAUUGAAUUCAGUAAUUAGGAGGUCUGACCGCCUUCACAUCAGUACGAUUCUACAAAUAUUUGUUUAUUUGUGUUAUUAUUUCUACUACUAAUAAAAGGACGUGUCUGAU